AUGUCUCGAGUGAAAAAGAGAUUAUCGCAGGUAUGUUACAAUCUCGUCGUGGGCGAGAUAAAGAGGAAGCAACGCGAGAAAGUGAGGCGAGCGAAACAAGAAGCUACAAAAUUGUUUGCCGGGGUACGGAAGGACAGACAGCCAAGCGCGACAGAGAAAACGAAACGCUUAGCAGGCGAGGAUCUGAUUUACUUGCUGCAGGUGGAUCGAUUUGUUAUUCGAUAUUAUAUUAUUGUUUUAGUUACUGGAGCGUCUACGGGAGAGGCUGAGGACCCGCGGUGGAGCACGUAUAGCACCCGAAAAACGAGUCGAUCCUCAUCGCCGCGAUCCUGGCCGUCCUCGAGUCUGGAACAUGCCGCGAGGGAAAGCAGACCCUCGAACGGCAAGCUCUCGGAAACUACACCUUGGAGCGUAGACAGAUCGAACCCCGGAAUUCGAUCGGAUCCGAAUUUCCUAAGAACGGUGGUUGAGAGAUCCGAGGAAGACGAGGACGAGAGGAAGAUACGGCAGUCACAGGGGAGCAAUGACAUCGAGGACGCGAGGACUGCGCGCUAUAACCCGUCCAUCUCGUCCGUGAGCGACAAAAUAAGCCAGACAGAUCCGUCCAAUCGGAUUUCCAUCGAGUCGUCGUCCCCGCAGUCAUCGACGGUUGACUAUCACCUCGCGAAAAUUUCAUCGGUUCCUGGAAGCUUUCAUGACAUAGUGGCGACGUCCGAGACGCGACUAUUAUCUAAGACGCUUUCGCGCGAGAACUUGAAAAAUACGAUACCGAUGACGACCUCCAUCGCGAAAGACAUCAUGAUGCCACGACGUCAGAUGAGACACGUUCCGGACAAAUGCGACAAGUUUAAAAUCGGAGAGCUAGCAAAGAGGGAAUUUUAUAGCCCGAAUUAUCCGGAUCAAUAUCCAAACCUCACCGACUGUAUUCGAGUUUUGGAAGUUACUGGAGCGUCUACGGGAGAGGCUGAGGACCCGCGGUGGAGCACGUAUAGCACCCGAAAAACGAGUCGAUCCUCAUCGCCGCGAUCCUGGCCGUCCUCGAGUCUGGAACAUGCCGCGAGGGAAAGCAGACCCUCGAACGGCAAGCUCUCGGAAACUACACCUUGGAGCGUAGACAGAUCGAACCCCGGAAUUCGAUCGGAUCCGAAUUUCCUAAGAACGGUGGUUGAGAGAUCCGAGGAAGACGAGGACGAGAGGAAGAUACGGCAGUCACAGGGGAGCAAUGACAUCGAGGACGCGAGGACUGCGCGCUAUAACCCGUCCAUCUCGUCCGUGAGCGACAAAAUAAGCCAGACAGAUCCGUCCAAUCGGAUUUCCAUCGAGUCGUCGUCCCCGCAGUCAUCGACGGUUGACUAUCACCUCGCGAAAAUUUCAUCGGUUCCUGGAAGCUUUCAUGACAUAGUGGCGACGUCCGAGACGCGACUAUUAUCUAAGACGCUUUCGCGCGAGAACUUGAAAAAUACGAUACCGAUGACGACCUCCAUCGCGAAAGACAUCAUGAUGCCACGACGUCAGAUGAGACACGUUCCGGACAAAUGCGACAAGUUUAAAAUCGGAGAGCUAGCAAAGAGGGAAUUUUAUAGCCCGAAUUAUCCGGAUCAAUAUCCAAACCUCACCGACUGUAUUCGAGUUUUGGAAGCUGACAAAGGUAUGCUGCUGAAGCUUGACUUUCGGGAUGAGUUCAAACUGGAAGACAGUCCGGGUUGCCGUUUCGAUUUCCUCGAGGUACGUGACGGCCAGUACGGUUACUCUAAUCUCCUCGGCAACUUCUGCGGGACGAAUUUUCCCCCCGAGAUCACAUCGAAGACACGAUAUCUCUGGCUGCGAUUCCGCAGCGAUGAGAACAUUGAGGGCAAGGGUUUUAAGGCUGUGUGGAACAUGAUACCGAGACCGACCCAUCCGGGUGUGCCACCAGAACCAGAACCGUGCAUAGUUAACGUGACGGGUGCGCAAGCGAUAAUUCAAAGCAGCGACGUCAAAGGCAGGAUGACCCUGGCCGAGAAAGAGGGUUUGCCGGUGGAUUGCAUGUGGAUUAUUCGAGUGAAAGAAGGAUGGAAGAUCCAGCUGGCGUUCCCAGAUUUUAAGCUACAGCGACCGAAUGAGUGUGACGCCAACUUUAUCGACAUAUUUAGGGAAACAACGGAUAUGUUCUCGAGGGAGAAGAAUUUUUGUAGCAGCGUGGCCGAUCCUACUACCAUUCGCGGCAGUAUCGCCCAUUUAAGAUUCUAUGCGGAACCGAAGGCUAUAAACAGCACCUUCGAAGCGGUGAUGACCGCCUUUAGAGAUAAGGAUAGUGAUAAAGCCUGCAAUGCCGACGAAUAUGAUUGCGAGGACGCGACAUGCAUCGCCGCGGAACUAGAGUGCAACGGAAAGGUGAAUUGUCGCUUCCGGUGGGACGAAGACGAGGGAAAAUGUAACAAGAAGAAUUCACGGUUCAUUGAUUCGCAGCACAUCGUCAUAAUCCUCGUCGUUUUCUCCCUAAUUAUGUUUGGCAUGAGCUUUGCCUUCGUCUUCAACUGCGUUCGGAAACUCAUCCGCGAUCACCGCAUUAUCCAGGAACACAUAAGGCAAUCCAGAGAAAAUCGCUUAGACGAACUGGGUCGAAAGUCGACUCCGUGUCCGAUCUCGAGUUCCAGAACGGAUUUGCGCGAACGUGGUAGCGAGUCACCGAGCUUGGAGGUCUUGCCCAGCAAAGAACUCAUGCCACCCACUACCAUGAUAUCUCAAGAGUAUACCAAGGAUCUUGUCCUCGAGAUAGCUUAUAACGCGGGCGACAUCACCGACAUUCACCAGAGCAAUAACGUGAGCAAUGCCACUCAGGAACGCCUACAGGAAUCCAGCGAAGAGCCGGAAAUGCGCGAUAAUUCCUGUCAGACGAGGGAGAGCCUCUUCGAACCGCGGAUACUGGAUGCGAUGGCGCCGAUGGGCUUUACGACCUUUGGCGUGCGCGCACCCAGCUCUCAAAACGGGACCAAUCUUCAUCACUAUCAUCAUCAUCAUCAUCAACAACAACAGCAGUUGCUGCAACAGAGCCCGCAACGGUCUCAUUUCGAGAGCGUUCAAUCCUCGCAGCCGAGCUCACAGCCGAGCUCGCAGACAUCGCAACACAGUUUGCAGCAACAGAGCAUGUCUCAAUGCUCCGGCUGUAGCCCGGCAUCUCGCGGACGAGACGGCAGUAUGGGCGUCUGUCCGAAACACAAUCCCAUACCGGCGCCACCUGGCUGGUCCAUGCACGAGUCCAGCUAUCCUCUAUCCGUGCCGCAAGUUGCCCAGUAUCCGGAACAAUUGGACUACCCAUCUUACCAGAGAUACCAGAGCCCCAAGCCUAGCAGGGAUUCUUAUCGGCAAUCGCCCAAGUUCACGCGACAACCUACCGUAGGCUCAGGCGAGAGGUAUGGUAGUUCGAUGUAUGCUGGAUCUGGCCACGGAUCCAGCAACACCACGUCAAGCACAUCACAACACUCUUCCGGCAACACGUCGUCUAAACGCCACCCGCAGCCAGUGGAUCCGAGAUAUCGGGCAGAAGCGGUGAUCGAAGUUGAUCAAAGACGGCCGUUCAGCAUAGAGAGUACAAAGAGUGCGCCGGACGUAAUCGCGACGCACUGACGCCGGGAUUCUGGGGAUUGGGAGCCCUACAAGAGACGCCAUCCCCGUCAAAAUUAUCCGGCGGCGAUUCGUAAUAACGUCGGGAACAAAGUGACCGUCGCCACGCAGAGCUCCCUCGAUGACGACGCCUCGACGAGCUCCACCAUGGAAGCGAACUCCUCCUCCUGAUCCACGUAUCGCGACGCGAUCGAGCGCGAAAGAUCGCCCGUGGUCAGUGAAUUCUGCGACCGCGAUUCGUCGAGACUUAAUCAAUCAUCCGAGAUCAGCGAUGUAUCAAAUCAUAUCCAUUUGAUUGAAGAGAAGCAUAUCGAAAAACCCACUGAUAAAUCAAGCAGGCUUGAAAAAUCGGUGACAAUCGAUGACGCGUCCAGUUUUAAUACGAUUAACAUUAACGCGGACUCUCGAUUGAACGGUCUUCCCAUUCUCCAUAAUUCGAUAAAUCGCGCCGGUUGCACGACAGCGGACGAUUCGCUGACCUCGAAACCGUGGCAACGAGCAGGGACUGCUUUGAAAUUGCACGACUUGCCGAUUCUGCGACCACCGGAGGGCUUCAGGGUACCCGUAUUUAAAUGCAAGACCCCGUCCCUGUCCUGGCAGCAUUGCGGAUGCUUCUCGCACACGCAUCCAUUGCCGCGGCGAUCGUCGAUCACCUGGAGUGCCUUCGAACGAUGCAGCGUGGACCCCUUGUAUCGCACCUGGCCCAAUCGAGCUGCGAGACGGCUCGGACGACCCACGAGAAGGACGGUCGGUACACAGAGCUCGCUGGACGGCAUUAAAGAAUACAUCAGCAUUCUGCGAUGCGUCGUCAGGUCGAUUGAUAUGACGAAGAGAUCGCUGGACCAGGAAAUCGGGGCUUCUAUACCUUUCUAGUCUUUGCUUUACGAUUUGCGUCGCGAUUUCGCGUCAGCGUUUUUGUACAAUAAUGAAUGGCACACGCUUCGAAUUCACGCGCUUCGAGUCGUCGUCUUGAGAAACAACAUGAACUUUUUCGAACGCGACCUCGAUGCUAACUACAGCGUCGCUAAGAUGAUAGAAAGAUAUAUGUUAAUGUAUACUUGCGGUACGUUAUUAACGCAAUUCGAAUAGACAGUGACGACUGUAGCCGUUUACAGUCGAAACACACGUUUUCUAAUAAAGGAGAUAAAAGUAAAAAAAAUAUUGCCGCAUCUAUUGGGCGAUCCAGGUAGGUGUAAUAAUCUGCUGGCGAUAUCACGUGAACAAAUUUGUGACGAAAAUAAUCGGAAUCCUUGCGGGAACCAUGCAUUUUACUGUGUGAAUAUCAUGAUAACCGCUGCCUUUCAUAUUAGCUACACGACAUAUAAGUUGCGAAAUCGAGAAAAGAAGCGAAAGAGAGCUUUCUAGAUCGUAUCGUAAACUUCAGACUAGUACUUAAGCGCGAUUAAAUCGAGUCGCUUAAAAUAUUCACAGUACACGAAGAAAAAAAGAGGAAAUCGACACGCGUACCGUCGAUUCCAUGAGAAGAUGAAAGAAAGCUUUUGCUCUUGAACUUACAUUCUUGAGUUUAAAAAAAGUACAUUUACAAUAUAUAUCUAUUUACACGAAUAUUUUUUAAACAUUUUUAUGAUUCUUUCUUUCAGCUAUACAAUUCUGGUAUGUAAAAUAUUUAUUUAAAAAUUGCAAUAUGUGUGUAUAAUAAUAUAUUAAAAUUUAUUUUAUAGGAUGUAACAAAAAAUAUUUAUAGCGUUUAAAAAACGAAGCAAUACAUUUUUCGGACAUUUUUCUUAAUUGAAUCAAAAUCUCGUUAAAUUUUCUAGACUAUUGUUAUUUUUAUUACAAUGCACAGUAGCUCCGGAUGCAAAAUUUUAACACCUGAUAUUUUCUUUAGAAUUUGUAAUAAAGCAGCUUAAGAUGCGCGCCUUAUCCGAUACUGCUUAUCGAUUUUUGUGAAAUCUCCUGGGCUUAAUGGUACGUAACAUAUCGGGAACGAAAUCUCAUUUGUUCCUACACUGCAGGAUUGCCCGGGGAAGACGAAGAAGCGGAAACCAAAGGCUAUUAAUCACUCGUCAACUAAAGAGAAAAACAAACUUGCACAACGAUGUGCGGUCUUUCCCACUUAGCAGGGAAAGACACGAGUAAAAUGGCCCGCGGGAUUUUCUCAGAAACGACUAAUUAUUUCGAUUAGCUAGGCAUCUUAUUUUGUGAAUAGUCGACGUUGGUGCAAACUGGAUGAAGAAAUUUAUAGCGUACACUUGAUAAAGCCAGAUUCAUAGAUUCAUAGAACAUCGUGAUUCUUCGAUCCGACAUAUUCCCAUCACGUAGUCUAACUGUAUGCUUCGCGAAACGAUAUGUCUUCUUUAGCAACGCCCCGUGCAUCGCAGGAAAAGGUUUUCGAUAAAAUCUUAAAACCAUGGAGCUGGAUCGGGUCACGAUUAACGUCGAAAUAAAAAUACUAUGUUUUAUAGAUUCAACAAUUUUAGACGCAUGAGAUAUAUGUGUCGAUCGAGUUGCGAUGCCAGAUAGAAAUGCAAAUGCGAAUUUUACAAGUCAGUAUCGUUUAAUGGUACUUCGCGCAGAAUGCGACUGGCAUUGAUCGGCACCGACAGAAAUAGCGAUUAUAUGUAUAUCAGCGCGAUCGAUAUACAAAACGCGAUGAUGUUUAGGUAAAUUAUUUUUCCACGUGAUUUCUGCAGAAACGUGCGAGUCUGCGCGCGUUCGGUCAGCAGAUAGUUCAAGAGAUGCAUUUAUAGUUCGUAAUGCACAUACACACACAGGCAUACACACACGGACAUGUACUCGUACGCACGUAUGUAUGUUUGUAUGCAUAUUUGUGCCGAAUGAGCGAUCUUCACGGUCGAGCGACAUGUUUUUCAGUUCUCCACGAGAACGCAAUAUCUAUUUCCAGCAAUAGUAUAAAUAUUCCGAUCGGAAUCGAAUUAUCGGAUAAAGGGCGGAAUGUACGUUUAUUUUACGAAUGCCGUGGGAGACGUCUAAAAUCACAUGCGGUUUGAUAACCGCACGAGUGUGCAUACGACGGUUAUACUGGUUUCCAUUGCGACCUCCUUUGUAAGUACCAUUUGCAAACCGCUAGACCGUCUGGUGGUUCUCCAACUCGAUUGUCUGAUAUUAAUUCUUCCGUGUGGUUAGUUCCUUCUAAAUGUUAACAAGCUGCAUUAUACAUCAUUGUAUCUUCUGCUCACUGAUUUAUAACUUAUUGUUAGCAGAAGUAUAGCGUAACUCGAGCAGAACAUAGUAGCAUAAAUGAAUAAUAAUAAGUUACACUUAUAAUUUUGUGAAAUAUAGCAUAUAAUUAAUUCAAGACACAUAAGUUACAUUUUAGAUCAAAUAAGUUCUUCAUACUUUCACAAAUCUCUUAUCUUUUUUAAAAAUACUUAAGAAAGUGUGACUUAUAUAUUAUUGCUUUACAUUUAAUGGAUCGAUUAUAAUGUCCUUUACUAUAUGUUGCCUUUAUUGCCAAUUAAAUGUGUCUACUAUUAUGAUUAUUAUUUAUAAGAUGAUCUCUUUAUUUAACUAUCAAUGCUCUAAUUAUGAUUUUAAAUUAUUAGAUUAAUUGUUUCUUUGAUUGAGUACUUAUUUUUAUUGAAUGUUGAGUUUUGAAAAGUGUAUUUCUGUUGACGAAAAUCCAUAUUUUUUUGAUUUAUGGGAAACGAGACGUGUUAUUGUUGUUACUAAUGUAUUAUUGUUAUUCUAGUAAUUAUCAGAAAAAAAAUGUAUAGGAUUAAUUGUACAUAUUUGUGUGUGUUACGAAAAAAUCUUAUGCAGACGAACUAAAUCCUUUUCAGACACGAUCAGAAGAAUUGAACUUAACUUGCGUCAUUACGAGGAAACGAGUGAUUUGUAUCAUAUAUAUGUAUAGUCAUACAUAUCCGAUGCAGUAGUAUUACCGACAAUAUACUUCAACUUGACAAGCAUGAUUUGUCUUUACGCAUUUCUUCGUGCCAUUUCUGCACUUAAUGGCUCACAAUGUUAUACACAUACCAAAGAAAAUCGGAAAAUACGACCGUACGUGCGCAGACUGUUGUACUUACGCGACCAGAUCAUUAAUUAAAUUAGUCAAUUAAACGCCGAUCGCAAAAGCGUCAAACAUCAUGUGCAUGUUAACUACGAUCGAAAGGACUACAUUCACGAACACAGUUUUUACAGAAAGCAGGAUCUACCUAAAAUUUCCGUUUGUGUACAGAUCAUAUGUUAACGUUUAACAUGUAAAACAGAAUGUACAGAGUGUAUACAUUUGUAUAUAAAAUAUCUACAAUAUGGCUAUUAAGAAGAUACACGAGACGGAUUAUAUAAAUAUAGUACUUUUAAA